AUGGAGGCUGGUGGUAUGGUGGCUGGAUCUUACAAUAGGAAUGAACUUGUUAGGAUUCGGCAUGAUAGUACUGAUAGUGGGUCCAAACCUUUGAAGAAUUUGGACGGCCAAAUCUGUCAGAUCUGUGGGGAUACUGUGGGAGUUACUUCAAAUGGUGGUGUCUUUGUUGCUUGCAACGAAUGUGCUUUUCCAGUUUGUAGGCCUUGUUAUGAGUAUGAAAGAAAAGAUGGAAAUCAGUGUUGCCCCCAGUGCAAGACUCGAUACAAGAGACAAAAAGGGAGUCCUCGAGUGGAAGGAGAUGAUGAGGAGGAUGAUGUUGAUGAUUUGGAGAAUGAAUUCAAUUAUACUAGGGGAACCAGCAAGGCUAGAAAUGAAUGGCAGGGAGAAGAUGUAGACCUCUCCUCAUCUUCUAGGCAUGGAUCUCAGCCAAUUCCUCUCCUUACCAAUGGUCAAGUGGUUUCUGGGGAGAUCCCGAGUGCCACACCUGACAAUCAAUCUGUGAGAAGCACAUCAGGUCCUAUAGGUCCUGAGAAGCGUGGUAACCACUCACUUCCUUACAUUGAUCCAUCCCAACCAGUUCCUGUGAGAAUUGUGGACCCUUCAAAGGACUUGAAUUCAUAUGGGCUUGGUAGUGUGGACUGGAAGGAAAGAGUUGAAAGUUGGAAACUCAAGCAGGAGAAAAAUAUGACUCACAUGGGGAAUCGAUAUUCAGAAGGAAAAGGAGGUGGUGACAUGGAAGGCUCUGGUUCAAAUGGUGAAGAACUCCAGAUGGCUGAUGAUGUGCGUCAACCAAUGAGUCGCAUUGUCCCUAUCCCUUCAUCGCAUCUCACUCCUUAUCGAGCUGUGAUUGUUCUUCGGCUGAUCAUCUUAGCCUUCUUCUUGCAAUAUCGUAUAACCCAUCCUGUGAAGGAUGCAUAUCCUCUGUGGCUCACAUCAGUUAUCUGUGAGAUCUGGUUCGCAAUGUCAUGGAUUUUGGAUCAGUUUCCAAAAUGGUAUCCUAUCAACCGUGAGACAUACCUUGACAGGCUUGCAUUCAGGCAUGACCGCGAAGGAGAGCCAUCACAGUUAGCUCCUAUUGAUGUGUUUGUCAGUACUGUGGAUCCUCUGAAAGAGCCGCCUAUCAUUACAGCUAACACUGUGCUGUCCAUUCUAGCAGUGGACUACCCAGUCGACAAAGUUUCUUGCUACGUUUCAGAUGAUGGGUCUGCUAUGCUGACAUUUGAAGGUCUUUCUGAGACUGCUGAGUUUGCCAGGAAAUGGGUUCCAUUCUGUAAGAAGUUCAAUAUUGAGCCAAGGGCUCCAGAAUUUUACUUUCAACAGAAGAUCGAUUACUUAAAAGACAAAAUUCAGCCAUCUUUUGUCAAGGAGCGUAGAUCAAUGAAGAGGGAGUAUGAAGAAUUUAAGGUCCGCAUCAACGCCCUUGUUGCAAAAGCACAGAAGGUGCCUGAAGAAGGAUGGACAAUGCAAGAUGGAACAGCCUGGCCUGGAAAUAACCCCAGGGACCAUCCAGGAAUGAUUCAGGUGUUUUUAGGCCAUAGUGGAGGCCUUGACAUGGAUGGAAAUGAACUGCCGCGUUUAGUCUAUGUUUCCCGUGAGAAGAGACCUGGUUUCCAACAUCACAAGAAAGCUGGUGCCAUGAAUGCUUUGAUUCGUGUUUCUGCAGUACUGACCAAUGGCGCAUAUAUGUUGAAUGUCGAUUGUGAUCACUACUUCAACAACAGCAAAUGUCUUAAAGAAGCCAUGUGUUUCAUGAUGGAUCCUGCUCUUGGGAAGAAAGUCUGCUAUGUGCAAUUCCCUCAAAGAUUUGAUGGCAUAGAUUUGCACGAUCGAUAUGCUAACAGAAAUAUAGUGUUUUUUGAUAUCAAUAUGAAAGGGCAGGACGGCAUCCAAGGGCCAGUGUAUGUGGGUACUGGAUGUUGUUUCAACAGACAAGCACUCUAUGGGUAUGAUCCAGUGUUAAGUGAAGAGGAUUUGGAACCAAAUUUCAUCAUCAAAAACUGUUUUGGAUCAAGAAAGAAGGGGAAGAGUGGUAACAAAAAGUACACGGAUAAGAAGAGGGGACCCAAAAGAAGUGAAUCUUCCAUACCAAUUUUCAACAUGGAAGACAUCGAAGAGGGUGUUGAAGGCUAUGAGGAUGAGAAGUCUCUGCUUAUGUCUCAGAAGAGAUUAGAGAAGCGAUUUGGUCAGUCACCAGUGUUCAUUGCAGCCACCUUCAUGGAAAUGGGAGGCAUUCCUCCUACAACAAAUCCUGCAACACUGCUGAAAGAAGCCAUCCAUGUUAUUAGUUGUGGAUACGAGGACAAAUCAGAAUGGGGUAAAGAGAUUGGGUGGAUUUAUGGUUCCGUCACAGAAGAUAUUUUGACUGGAUUUAAGAUGCAUGCUCGUGGCUGGAUUUCUAUCUACUGCAUGCCUACCAGACCAGCCUUUAAGGGUUCUGCUCCCCUCAAUCUUUCUGAUCGUUUGAAUCAAGUACUUCGAUGGGCUCUGGGGUCUAUUGAGAUUAUGCUUAGUAGACAUUGUCCUGUAUGGUACGGUUACAAGGGGAGGUUGAGAUUCUUGGAGAGAUUGGCAUACAUCAACACUGUCGUCUAUCCACUGACGUCUAUUCCACUUAUCGCCUACUGUAUUUUGCCUGCUAUCUGUCUUUUAACAAAUAAAUUUAUCAUUCCCACGCUAAGCAACUUUGCUAGUGUGUUGUUUAUCAUGCUUUUUAUGUCCAUUGCUGCUACCGGUAUUCUUGAGCUUAGAUGGAGUGGAGUUUCCAUCGAAGACUGGUGGAGAAACGAGCAGUUCUGGGUUAUUGGAGGCACAUCAGCCCAUCUGUUUGCCGUCUUCCAGGGUUUGCUGAAGGUGCUCGCCGGUAUUGAUACCAACUUUACUGUUACUUCCAAGGCAGCCGAUGAAGAUGGUGAUUUUGCUGAACUUUACAUAUUUAAAUGGACAUCACUUCUCAUUCCUCCCACCACCGUCCUGAUUGUGAACUUGGUUGGUGUUGUGGCGGGUGUUUCUUAUGCCAUCAACAGUGGUUACCAAUCAUGGGGUCCUCUCUUUGGGAAACUCUUCUUCUCCUUCUGGGUGAUUGCCCAUUUGUAUCCCUUCCUCAAGGGUCUCUUGGGUCGUCAAAACAGGACACCUACCAUUGUUAUCGUUUGGUCCGUUCUUCUUGCUUCCAUCUUCUCCUUGCUCUGGGUUCGGAUCAAUCCAUUCACCACUGAUGCCGAGAAGGCUGCUGCUGGUAAUCAAUGUGGUAUUAAUUGCUAGAUUGCCUUCUAAGUUAUAAGGUUCACUAGGCAACCGCUUUUUGGUUCAAAAUCUCAGCUUUUGUGUAAAUACCAAGUCAUAUGCCGGACCUUCGGAUUAAAGCACGAAAAGACGUGACAAUGUUGUUCCUUGUGCUAGUUAAAAGGAAAUCAAAGGGACCAAAGUGCAUCUUUGUUUAGUAGCUUCACGAUGUUUUAGUGUAGCUCUGAGUUGAUUGUAUUUUUUGAUAGUCAGUGACACUUUGGUCUUACAACAGUUACAAGUGCAUCUGUGAGACUGUGAAAGUGAAAUUCAUGUCUCAGUUUGUUGUUAUUUAUGUACGAUUAGCUUUAAUUUUUUUUUUCUUUUCAUUUUAUUUAUGAUUUGUAAAGAAAACAUACUUAAAAUGUACUAUUCUUUUUGAACCAUUAUUAUAUAAUACGUACAUGUUCGCACGUAUUUGUGCAUCAAA